AUGAAGGUGCUCCCCGCCUCGGGCCUGGCUCUGCUGCUCACCACGGCUCUCGAGUUCUCCACGGCAGCCCCCUCCCUACCUGCAGCCACUCCCAGGACCUCACGGAACAGCUACCGCCUCGCACAGGCGUAUCUUGACAAGUAUUACACCAGGAAGGCAGGGCCCCAGGUUGGCGAGAUGGGGGCGCCAGGAGGCAGAGCCCUGGUCAAGAAGAUCAAGGAGCUGCAAGCCUUCUUCGGCCUCCGCGUCACCGGGAGGUUAGACCAGCCCACGAUGGACGUCAUCAAGAGGCCUCGCUGUGGAGUUCCCGACGUGGCAAACUAUCGCCUCUUCCCAGGUGAACCCAAAUGGAAAAAAAAUACUUUGACAUACAGAAUCUCCAAAUACACGCCCUCCAUGACCUCCGCGGAGGUGGACAGAGCAGUAGAGAUGGCCUUGCAGACCUGGAGCAGUGCGGUGCCGCUGAGCUUCGCCAAGGUGAACGCGGGAGAGGCCGACAUUAUGAUAUCGUUUGAAACUGGAGAUCACGGGGACUCCUAUCCAUUCGAUGGCCCUCGAGGGACUCUCGCCCACGCAUUUGCACCUGGGGAAGGCCUGGGAGGCGACACCCAUUUCGACAAUGCUGAGAAGUGGACUAUGGGAAUGAAUG